GUCUCUAGCGUUCACCAUCGUCGUUGUCUUGUGAGCAGCAGGAAGAGGUCGAUACGUCUGUAAAGCGUAGAUAGUUGGAGAGGCUAGAGCUGAAACAAGCUAUGUCUGCGACGUCAGAGUUGAAAACCCUGGUGAAAUCGCUGCAACAGGCAUCGACAGAUGAGGAGACCGUCAAUAUUUUGAAUACUCUCAAACAGCAGCCGAGGAUUACCGAGGCCAUUCUGAGGGAGAGUAAGGCUGGUCUUGCAGUUGGGAAACUCCGGACAAAUUCGUCAAAGACGAUAUCGGAAUUAGCCAAGGAGAUCGUCAAGAAGUGGAAGAAUGAGGUAGAAAGGGAGAAACAGAAGGACGGGAAGUCUACGACCAUAAGUACAAAGUCACAAGCUAUUCGAAAGUCAUCUAUAGCCUCCACAUCCUCUGUUACACCGUCUACGCCAGCUACACCGUCCAUGUCGGCGAGCAGCUCUAAAUCAGAACUUCGAUCUGCCAAAACAGAUGGAGUCAGUAUAUUGGUUGGUGAUACGACCAGGAACAAAUGUGCAGAGUUGAUAUACGAUGCCCUUGCAUCUGAUUCAAACUCACCUGUGGACCAAAUUCUUCUGAAAGCAAAGGGUAUCGAAAGCACCGUGCUCUCAGAAUUCGGAGGUGUCACUGGUGCUUAUAAGAGCAAGAUCCGAUCGCUCUACGUUAACCUCAAAGAUAAGAACAAUCCGAGUCUACGUGAGAGUAUCGUUUCUGGGGAACUGCUAGUCCAGAAGUUCUGCAAAAUGACUAGUCAAGAAAUGGCAUCCGAGGAGCGAAAGGCAGCAGACAAGCGAAUCGCGGAGGAGAACUUGUUCAGGACGCUCGGCGCUGAAGAAGUUCAAGCAGAGACAGACGCCUUCCAAUGCGGACGAUGCAAACAACGAAAAUGUCGCUAUCGUCAAGCCCAAACUAGAAGUGCUGAUGAACCUAUGACGACCUUUGUGACUUGUACCGUUUGUAACAAUAGAUGGAAGUUCUCCUAGAGACAUGUUCGUCUUGUGUGAUAACGAUCGUUCCCUAUCGUUUCGUUCCGGUGCCCUUUCAUUAUCUUGCAUAUUCAUAUUCUUUCUCUCUACGCUCAUACUAUUUUUGCAACCCUUCUCUUUCAUUCCUCUCCGAUCCUUUUAGCGUACAUUGUACAACUUAUAUCUUCCAACUUCCAGCUUCACUGUUGACAUUUCUGUGUACAUACAUAGGAUGUCAGCACACUCUCGUCAGACAUGAAUGAUAAGAUUAGAUUCCGCAAACGUGUGUAGUUUGACCCACGCU